AGUCCCCGGGCAGCCACGGCGCGCGCGCGACCCGCCGAAGGGACAUGAAAAGUGGGGGCGUAUAUAAGCGGCGCGCCAGUCGGUAGUAUGAGCGUGCCGAGCGUGCUGGUGUGCUGCUCCAGUGUCCGCCAGGCCAGCCGCCCGUGAGCACCGCGUGCGCCGCCCAGCAGCCCUCCGCCGCCCCACGGACUCUCGCUCGCAAGAAUGACUUCGUCUUGCUCCGCCAUGCUGGACCCGACUGGACUUUACUAAGGGCCGCUGGCCCUGAUGACCGCACUUAGUCGGUCACCAUGCAGACGCCAUGAGGCUGCUGCCGCGGCUGCUACUGCUGCCGCCGCCGCUGCUGCUGCUGCUGCUGUGCAGGCCAGCGGCGGCGGCGGCCGGCGGCUCGACCCAGCUGCCCAGGUUCGGGCGUUCACCGCGGCAAGUACAGCUGACGGCAGGCGCCCAGGCCAGAGGAGAGCUGGUGCUGUGGAUGCCUCUCACCAUCAUCCUGUCAUCACUCGGCUACCCUUCGCACGACACCGCCGCCGACCGAGAGCAGAGACAGCAGAGCCGCGAGCAGCGCGCCGGCGCCGGCCAGGCGCCGCCGGUCGGCCGGCCACCCUAUGACUCGACGGCCGUCGAGUACCGGGCGUCGGCCGUCGGACCGCUGCUCUCUCGCCUCGACGCCUACUUCCACUUUCUGCGCGUGCCGGACGCCCGCUGCCGCCGCCGCGUCGUCUGCCAGCUUGCCCGGCAUCCGGCCGCCUUCGAGCCUGUCAGCAGCCUCGUACUGAGAGCUCUCAGGAAAAGUGACAGCUACCAGCGCCGGUCUGCCGGGCGCCCGGGCGAGCGGCGCUUCUCCCAGUACUACGAGGCGGCGGCGCGCGGGGCGGCGGGCGCCGACUGCCAGCGCGCCUACGCCGGCUGCGCCGCCGCCGCCGAGCGCCUCAUCAACAUGCCGGUGCUACGCCUGUGGCAGCUGCUGUCGGAGCUGGUGUCGAUGCGCGUGACCGACGACUAGCCGGGCCGCCGGCGCCGUGUGUUCGUGCUAAUGUUACCAGAGUCUUGUCGCGCCCGCCUGUCGGCCUCCAGGCGACGCACCUAGAAUCCCGUGCUAUUCAGAUACGACGUUUUGUAGAUACGAGCCGCCCGCCGCCGCCGGCGUGUCUCGGUGUACGGCCCGCGAGCGCGCCUCGACACGCACUCGUGCACAUGCCGAAGGGAGCAGCCACACGGCCUACUCCAACAUUGUGAUAUUUGUGCUUUGGGGAAAGUCGUGUGCAUUGAUAUUUGCCUUGUUACCAGCAUGACCGUGAUGGGAGGUCUGGGUGCGGGAAGCAUGGAGUGACGUAACCGGUCCGAUCAUGCGUGGCGGAAACAAAGCGCAAAUUCGCACCGCAUCCCCUGUCCCGGCGGCGCCCGCGGAGUUUCAUUCCUACCACCUACGUGUACAAUACGAGUGUUUGGUUCAUUGUUGCCUAUUCAGAAUGCUACGUGGCGAUGUGAUUGAUUUUGUACGAAACCUUCGUAAUAAAAAUGACAAAAUACUC